AUGACCUUUAAUUCUGAGCUCAGCGCAGACUCCUUGUCCUGCACCGAAACCUCUCACCAUCACGACGAGAGCCAGCCGAGUCGUGCGAGCGGCUCUCGCCGCAGACAUCCCCAAAUCCGUCACACACACAAGAUAAGGGACCCACAGGGGACGCCCGCCCUCAGCGCCGCCCGGCCCCCCCCCGCCGCGCGGCUCGCGCCACCCCCGGCCCCGGCCGCUCCCCGGCGGCCGCGGAUUGGCUGCGGGACUCACGCGAGCGGCGCGCGCGCCGGGCGGGGGGCGUGGGAAGAGCGGCUGUGCCCGCGAGUAACCCCGGCUCGCGCAGCGCCCCGCGCGACCUCUUCCCCCGGCACCGGCGGUGACGCGGCGGCCGCGCGCCCCCCGCGCCCCCCCGCCCCGCUCGCUCCCCUCCCCUCCUCGCGCGCUGCAAAGAUGGCGGCACUGAGCAAGUCCAUCCCCCACAGCUGCUACGAGAUCGGGCACACCUGGCACCCGCGGUGCUCCUGGGCUGUGCUGCACGUCACCCAGAGCGCCCUGGCAGAGUCCCUCCGCAUCUACGGCACCCUCUACCUGGUUGCAGCUAUUCUCAGGAAACGAAAACUUGACUAUUAUUUGUACAAACUGCUGCCUGAGAUCUUGCAGUCAACUUCGUUUCUGACGGCAAAUGGGACCUUAUAUAUUGCUUGCUUUUGCAUUCUAAGGAAGAUACUUGGAAAAUUCUACUUUUGGUCUCCUGGCUUUGGUGCAGCUUUACCUGCUUCUUACAUGGCUAUUCUCAUUGAAAGGAAGAGCAGGAGAGGUCUUCUCACAAUCUACAUGGCUAAUCAAGCCACAGAAACAUUGUUCCGAAUGGCCGUAGCAAGAGGAGCUAUCACACCUUUAAGACAUGGAGAAGUCCUUUUGUUCUGCAUCACAGCUGCUCUGUUCAUGUUCUUCUUCAGGUAUGUUGCUGAUGUAGCUAUUUGUGUUGUAAAAAUGUUUUGAAUAGUAUUUCUUAGAGCUGCUGGGUUUUUGUAUUCUUCUCUAUAUUCUUCACUCAGGCUGAAUUGACUGAAGUGCUUCAAUGGCAUCAUCCAGUACUGUGAACAUAAUUGGGCUAAAAAGGGAAAUGUUGAGUCUUCUGGAGAAUAUAUUGAUUACUUUAAGGAGUUUCAUCUCCUAAGUUAGACCCUGGAGAUCUAAUAUAGUGUGAAAACAGCUAAAAUCUGCUUUUCAUGGCUCUUUUUAAGAGCUCAUGGCAGAUCACAUUUUCUCUUCUGGUACAAAUAGAGGAGAGCAGAAAAAGCUAAUUUUGUGGUCUUAAAUAAUACCAAAUAUUUUACUUGUGUGCAGGUGUAACUAUCUUCUUUCAAUUUUAGAAUAAACUUGUUUCACAUGUUUUCACAAGUUAUGAAUUGUAUUCAUGUUUUAAAACUUGCAGUAGUGGGAGGUGAAUGAGACACUCCUUUUAAUGACUUGUUAAUCUUUAAAUUUGCAAUAUAUAUGUAUGUAAUUUCUUACUUCCCUUUAAAUACCAGACCUCUCAAAUUUUCUUAAUUAUAUCUCGAAUUGGAAAGUUGCUUUUUAAAAUGACCUUUGACUACAGCCCUUUGACUUAGAAUUUUCUGCGGCAUGCAGCCAUCUAUGGUUCUUCAAGCUGUAUGAUCCCCUGGUAAUUGCAAAACUCUGGAAGCUGCAGCUUGUUUUUCAUAAUUCCAUUACUUACGGAUAUUGGCCAAGAACAGUCUGUGGAUAGAAGAGGGCUGUUAAUUUAAGGGCUUCGAAGAAGCAUUCCUCCUUUCAUCUAUAACCUAUUAAGAGCCUUGCAUUGGCAGUCUUCUUGCUUUAUUUUCUUCUAUGUCCCUGAGUUAAGCCAUAACAGUCUCUGAGAAUUUGACUUGUGAGGUUGAGGUUAGACACCUGUCUGCAUGAAUGCUGGUCCAACAAACUCAGAGCACUGAAACUCUGGUCAAAACUAUAAAUGUUGUAUGAUCUUGAAGGAAGCUAAUUGUCUCCUAUCGAUGCCUUUGGUAAUGAAGUGGUGUUUUGGAGAGAACCUGCAAGUUAAAUCACAGAAUCCUAGAACAGUUUGGUCUGAAAGGGAGCUUCAAGGUCACCUAGUUCCACCACCCUUGCCAUGAGCAGAGCCAUGUUCCACUGAACCAAUGCUCAAAGUCCCAUCAGCCUGGCCUUGCACAUUUCCACAGAGACGAGUCAGGAAAAUCAUUCUGGUGACUCACCACUACAUGGCAUAUUACAGUAAAGAAUUUCUUCUUAAUAUCAAAUCUAAGCCAACUCCCUUUCAUUUUGAGGCCAAUACCUCAUCCUAUCACUACAUGCCCUUGUAAAAACUCCCUCUCCAACUUUCCUGUAGCCUCUUUGGAGGUGAGAACUGACACAGAGCCCAGAUAUAUUUUGUGGAUUUUUCCCUGACCUGACAUAGAAACACUGGCAGUUGAAUGGGCUCCACUCCAAACCACUUUCUCUCCUAAAAUAGUGACUCUAUGCUAAGGCUGAUGGAAUAUCCUAUUGAGCAAUCAUCAACAGCAUUUGAUUCCUUUCGUCUUUGUGUUUUAACAGUGGAACUAAAACAGAGGCUCAAGUUUAGUUUAAUUAUUGGAAAAAAAAGAUCUAUUUGUAAACACCAAUGAAUAUGCUAAGACGGGUUUGUCAAAAAUAAUUAGCACAGGCUAGUUUUUGAGGAUUUUUUUUUCCUUGGUGUCUUAUGAGUAGGACUUCUUUACAGUGUGCUACUUUCCUAAAGAAACCAGGUAUAGAUGGGUCUGGGUGAAAAUACUUCUGGGUACGCACAGAGUCUGGUCAACUGCUCAGGGAGAAGAGACAGCGGAGAGGGCACUUAAUCAGGCCUCAGAGUUGUCCAUUUGUCUGGACUUGCUGUGACUGUGAGCUGGUGGCUGUCUGAAUCAAUAUGUGAAUUAACCAUUGAUGCCCUUCAGAAAGAUUUUGGACAGCCUUGGAACAAUCCUGUGUGGAGUCUGAGGGAAGGCAGUCUUCCUGUCUUUGUUGUCAUCUAAAGCAGAAAGUAAUUGAGAGAGUCAUUAAAUUACAUUUCCUAUUUAAUGGCUUGAAAUCCCUUCAGCCUUUUUCUUAAUCAUAAGUGGAUCAAACUGACAAAAUCACAUUCAUACUUUGGAAUAAACAUUUUAUUCAAAGUCAGAUCUGUUUGGCUUGUAGAAUAUAUACCUGUUGACUAUAAAACGCUGUUUACUCUUAACAAGCAUUCACUGAUUUAAAAACCAGAAAAUUCUCUUUUGCAUUGUGCUUAACUUGUUCCCAGAGUGGCCUUUUGUCCUUUCCACCCAACUAAAAUUUCAACAAAGGUACUGAGAGCAGUAGCAGCCAUGGUCACCAAGAUCAUAUAAAAUGUCUUUCAUUAUUAAAGAUAAAACAAUAAUAUCUCUAUGGUGUAAUUUGAAGCUUAAAACCUUUCUAAAAAGAGACUUAAUAUAAGUCUGCCUCUAUACCAUGAAAGUCUGACUGAUGCUUGGGAUUCAAAUGUUGCAUGGAAUAAAAGCAAAGUAGUCUUUUAUUUUCUGAGUUCAUAUAAACUGCGUUUCCUGAGGUUAUCGUGUUGUCUGAUCUUAAAAAUUAUUACUGUCCCUAGUAGGUGGCCCUGGUUGGCACU